GAUAGAUUUCAUGCAAGAAUAAUAAUAUUCAACAACAAGUACAUAGAUUUCAUGCAACAAUAAUAGUAAUAAUCAACAACAAGAUAUUGUUAAUUAUAGUUGACUUGGGAGAAGAGAAGACAGGUUUACCUAACUUCACAUCGUGUCAAUCAUCAAUCCAACGUUCAUCACUAAAUUUGACAGCAAAACAAAAGAAUUAAAAAAGAACAUCUUGCGUAAACUGAUUCAACGACAAAAAAACUCAAACUUGGAACCAAAAAGACAAAUUCUAUCUAACUCUUUGAUCAUGUCUAGUCUUUUGCUGCACUGGUAAGAGAUUCUCAUGUCUGUUGAACUCUAUUAAUUCGUCUCCUUGAUCUCUCUCUGGAUUCUUACUAAGUAUGUAUUAGCUGCUUGCAGGUAAUAGAACUGCAUUGAAACAGCUCUAGUACUUUAUGCUUAUCUAUGUCAUUUUAGCAGUGUUUCGAUCUAAGUUCUUGAACGUGUGUUCUUGAUUGUAAUAUAGUGGAAGUGUUAAUUUUACUGCUUGUUAUUGUUUUGCAGCGACUCUUGAUUUUUUUUAAAGCUAAGCUAAUAUGGGUUCUGUAAUGAGCUUGAGCAAAUCAACUGCUCAGGACGAGUACUUCUCAAACGAAUCUUUCAAAAUACGAAAGACAUUUUCAACCAACGAUGAAGAUUACUGCAGAUUGAUUCCAAAUCUUCCUGAUGAGCUAUCUAUACAGAUUCUUGCUAGGCUCCCAAGAAUCUGCUACUCGAAUGUUCAGUUGGUUUCACGGAGGUGGAGAUCAGUUGUAUCGACCUCUGAGCUGUAUAGUCUGAGAAAAGAACUUGGUAAGACAGAGGAAUGGCUCUAUGUGCUGACCAAAGGCCAAGAUGAUAACCUUGCGUGGUACGCUUUAGAUCCAGUUACCACGAGAUGGCAGAGACUACCUCCUAUGCCUGUUAUUGUCUAUGAAGAGGAACCUACUACAAGUAGUUUGUGGAGUCUUUUGAGCUCUCUCGGUAGAAAAGAGGUUUCUGUGUCCGAGCAAACGCCCUUCUGCGGCUGUGCUGUUGGUUCUGUCAAUGGGUGUCUCUAUGUUCUUGGAGGGAUCUCUAGGUCUACAACCGUGAACUCCGUUUGGCGAUUUGAUCCGGUUCUUAACUCGUGGAGCGAAGUGAGUUCCAUGCUGGCCAACCGUGCUUAUUCCAAAACAGGAGUGUUGGACAAGAAGCUCUAUGUUGUUGGAGGUGUUGAGAGUCGACGUGGAAGUUUAUAUCCGCUUCAGACAGCCGAGGUUUACGAUCCAAACACUGAUGUUUGGUCAGAGGUCCCGAGCAUUCCUUUCUCAAAGGCGCAGAUGUUGCAUGACGCGUUCUUGGCUGAAAUGUUGAAGCCUAUAGCCACUGGGAUGACUUGUUACAACGGUAGGUUAUGUGUUACUCAGAGUUUAUGCUCUUGGCCUGUCUUUUAUGAUGCUGGAGGAAAGGUGUAUGAUCCGGAGACGAGUCUCUGGGGUGAUAUGCCCUCUGGUAUGGGUGAAGGUUGGCCUGCGAGGCAAGCGGGUACGAAGCUGAGUGUUGUGGUGGGUGGUGAGUUAUAUGGUUUUGAUCCUUCUUCUUCUUCUUCGGUGGAGAAUGGGAAAAUUAAGGUUUAUGAUCAAAGGGAAGAUACUUGGAAAGUUGUUAUUGGUGAAGUCCCUGUUUAUGAUGUGACAGAUUCAAAAUCUUCUUAUUUGCUUGCUGAGUUUCAUAGGAAGCUUCAUUUUAUUACUAGAGAUGCUUAUUGUAACGUUACAGUAUUUAGUGCUGAUGUCGCUGAGAUCAGAAGCUCUUCAUCAUCAUCAUUGUCUAGCUCCAAGUCUGUUUUGGGGUCAUGCUCUUUGAAGGAAAAGGGGAAUGGAGAUAACAAGUCAGCAGACAGUGUUAUUUGGAAAGUCAUUGCAAGCAAGGACUUAGGUGCUGCUGAACUUGUUAGCUGCCUAGUUAUGGAUAUAUGAAAACCAAGAAUAUUUGCUCAUUUCUUGUGGGACUUUAAGAGUUCAUGUGUACAGCCAAAAGCAACAGUCUGAAGCUUUAUGAUAUGUUCUUCCAAAGAUUUAUAGAAGUCUAAUUCUUUGAUGAUCCUGAUUCUAAUAUACUUCUUCUGGCUUUGGCUGGCAUGUAAGCUUGAGCAAUAGAAUGUUAUGUAACAAUAUAAGUACAUUACAAUGACCUAUCAGUUCCUGGAAGUAAAAAAAAAAAUGUCUUUCUCCUAGUGUGAUUCAGUUGCAAAAGUUCAGCUUUUGAACCCCCUCCCCUUUCAUUUAGUUAAUCCAUCUCAACUUUGACAUGGUUUCCUGAUCAUUUUGCUUUACCGAAACUGUCGAUUCGGUUAAGAAUCUCUAUUUGAUUAUUUGCGUGGUUCUUCUAUAAUUGUUGACAUAAGGACCCAUUUACCCAACACUAUGGAUGUUGCAGGCAGAAGAAAAUAGGUAAAAAGGAAGAAUGAUGAUACGCUUGAUGCCUUGGAAUCAAGAACGUCGUAUCAUAUUCAUAUGCUCAUAAAAGCUAAACCACCUCUGGAUUCUCAUUUCACACUUCACCCUCUCUUUUUAUCUUCCCUUUUCCUUUAUAGUGAAAAGUUGGCUUUUGAAUUAUUUCGACGAAUCUGUUAUGGCAUUAAUUUUC